CUGUGCUUGCACAUUUCCAUCAGAUGUCAAUUAUUUUGAACUGGUAUAGGUUAGAUUAAUUCAAAACUUUAAAAAUUUAUGCAUUACUGAAAAUUAAACUAAAUAACCCUUUAAUAUGCAAAAUCCAACUUUUGGUUUUGGUGCAAGUGGUACUCAGCCUGCUACUACGAGUUUAUUUGGUACAACCUCUACUAACACUUCCGCUGGAGGAUUAUUUGGAACUCAAAGUGCUCCUACAUUUGGAACAGGAGGAGGAUUAUUUAGUAAUACAGCUAAUACUAGCACAACAACAGCAACCCUUUUUGGAACUCCAACAAGUACACCAAGCUUCGGAACUACCACUAAUGUUGGAGGUUUUAGUUCUGCACAACCUACGGUAGCUAAUAUUAAUGCAGCACCAACUACUACAUCCACAUUCGGAAGUGCAGUAAGUUCUGCACCUGCUUUUGGAUCUACAUUCGCUACUGCUACAACAUCUAGUUUUGGAACAAUUGGAACCCCUGCACCUAGUUUCGGAACUGCAUCUACAGCUGCAGCUACUCCAACAUUUGGAAAUACAUUAACUGCAACAUCUUCAUUACCAGUUACUACUUCCACACCUUCUUUUGGAAAUUUUACCACUACAACAGCAGCUCCAUCAUUUGGGGCAACUUCUACUGCAACACCACUUUUUGGCUCUGCAGCCACAAGUAGUGCAGCAGCUCCAAGUACUGGUUUGGGAUUUAAUUUGAGUGCCACAACAUCAGCUCCAACUACUUCUUCAGUGGGCUUAGGAGGUUUAGCCACAACACAGACAAAAAUUGUUACCACCCAAAAAGAUGUGACACCUAAAGAUCAACCACUUCCGAAUGAAAUACACCAAACAGUCGAAUCAUUCAAAGAAUUUGUCAAACAACAAAAAAUCCAUAGUUCUGAUAUAGCAAAAUGCUCAAUUAGGGACUUCAGGAAAGUAGAGCAAGAUAUCAUUCAGUUAACAACAUUACUCAGUGAAGUAGAAAGCCAGUUACAGAAAAAUCGACAAAUAGCAGAAAAUUUAAAAUAUGAUACUGCAAGAUGUUUGAAAGAUGUCGAAAUAGCACAGAGAACUCAAGAUACACCUCCUGGUUUACAAUACGAGAAUAUAGCACCCUUAAAAUUUUUCUUAAAUCUUGCUGAUAAAUUUGAAAGAGAAAUGCAGGUAUUAAAAAUACAAAUUGAAGGUGCAGACAAUUAUGUUAAAAAUCAUAAAAGUUCCAAUCCGCUGACACCUCAAGAUUUAGCUGUAGGUAUGCGGAGAUUACAUGAAUCUUUUGUUGCUCUAGCUGGUCGACUACAUUCAGUGCACAGUCAAGUAGAAUCUCAGAAAGAGGCCUACUUGCAAACAACAAGACAAUUAUAUAACGAUAAUUCCAAUCCAUUUGACAGUUUGUAUAAACCAGAAGAAAGUUUUAAACAUAUUUUGAGUUAUUCCCCACCGAAGGUUGCAACAGGCCCGACACCUUUCACCAAUUUAGCUAUAGGUAACACCCAACUGUUAGCUUCACAACAAAAUCAAAGUACGAUAGCUUAUCCAACACCAACAACAACUUCAUCUGGAUUCGGUGGCGUAGGUUUUGGUACAAAUUUUGGAGCUCAACCUGCAGCAAAUGCAACACAGUUGUUUGGUUCAUCUAGUUUAGCGCAAAAUUCAAGUAGUUUCCAGUUACAAAAACCUCCAACGGGAAACAAACGUGGGAAGCAGUAACAUGUUUAAAACAGCUGAUAAUUUUAUUUUAAUAAUGGUGAGGAUUAUAAUUACCAACGAUGGAAAACAUGAAUACUAAUAAUUAGAAUGUUUAAAGUAUGGAAUUCUUUAUUUUCGUAUAAUGAACUGAUUAAUAAAUUUUUGUGUAUAAUAGUA